AUGAGCAUUCCGCGGCACGUUCUCGACCUCCUACGCCCUCUGCACCCGCCCGAAACGACCUUUACCCGCUCUCGAGACCUCAUCUCUCCGUCUACGUCAGAUCAGCAAUACCUCUACAAGGAGGCCUCCGGGCCAGCGACGCAGCUCGUAGGCGAGGCUGAGAGCUUGAGACGGAUGAAUGAGGCAUGUAGGGAGGUUGCGCCGGGGUUGGUGGGCAGCGGGGAGGGCGAGGACGGGAAGAGGUGGAUGUUGAGCGAGUGGCAUGACCUGUCGUCCAUCCCCGCCUCUGAGACCCGCCUCGCCGACUUCCUCGCCAAAAUGCACCUCGCACCCGCUCCUUCCAGUCAGCGCUUCGGUUUUCCCGUCCCGACGUGCUGCGGUGCGACUGAGCAGGACAACACAGAGGAGGAGAGCUGGGCGACGUUCUUUGGCGAGCGGAGGAUAGAGGACCUUGUCAGGCGGAUAGGGGAUGCCGAGUUGAGCAGGCUUGCGGGGGACGUUCAGCGGAGACUCAUCCCCCACCUUCUCGGCAAGCUCGACAUCCGGCCGUCCCUCCUUCACGGCGACUUGUGGUCCGGCAACGCCCGCUUCUCGCGCAACCGCCAAGCCCCCAUCACGUUCGACCCGUCCUCGUACUAUGGCCACUCGGAAGCCGACCUCGGCAUCAUGCGCAUGUUUGGUGGGUUCAGCGAGGCGUGGUUCCGGCGGUACCACGAGCUGGUGCCCAAGACGGCGCCCGUCGACGAGUACGAGCAGCGCUUGCAGCUGUACGAGUGCUACCACCACCUCAACCACACGCUCAUGUUCGGGGGGUCGUAUCGGUCGGGCGCGGUCGGGCUCUUGCGGGGGCUGCUUCGGUGGGCGGACGAGCGAGGGUUGUAG